UCCCAACAUGGCGUCGUUCCGCGGUCUGUCAUUCCCAGAAUGACAACAGAGGAGAGCCGCUGCCUUCCGCCGCAGGAACCCGGACACGAGACCGACCGACCGGCCGAGGGGCCGAGGCUCCGCCCGAACACCGGCCGAGACACUGAGCUCCGUCCCGGGGAGGAGCUCCGGCAGAGCCCGCUGCCGCCGCGGAGCCUCCGGCGGACACGGAGAGUGACAUGGAAGCGUCCAGUGAUGGCUGCUUUCCAUCUGUAACCAUAAGCAGCACGGAGCAGUCUUCCUCCUCACCUCCUCCUCCCUCCUCCUCCUCCUCGGGGUCGGGGGGCGUGGCCUCCCGGCCUCGGCCGCCGUGCCGCUGUGUGUGUUCGGGCGGCGCCGGGGGGGCGGAGGGUGUGACCGCCGCCGUGUGCGCUGGGAUCAGGACGGGGUCACCUGACACGGGUGGGUCCUGCUGUGGGCGGGUCAGUGGGAGCUGUGAUGUCACACACGUGUCAGAGGGGUCAGAGGUCGGCGGGCGGGCGGCCCCGCUGCCCAACGGGAGGCCGCCCUCCUCUUCCUCACUGGAUGAAACAGACACAGCCGGGCGGAGCAGCCAAUCACAGCCUGAGGCCUCUGCUAGCCCCGCCCACAUCACUCAGGGACCAAACAGAGAGGAGGAGGAGGGGCACUCCCGCUGCCCCUCCCCGCCCCCCAAGCCCCUCCCCAGCAGUGUGAGCUGUGACUCCGCCCCCCUCGACCCCGGCGACGAGGCGUCAGACGAGCCUCAGCGGGGCGAGCGGCGUUUCCCAGAAGCCUGUCUGGGAUCCAGGAACACGUUCAAGUGCAGCCGCCAGCAGAGCGCCCCGGGCCAGCCGCCGCAGGGCGGGGCGGGGGGAGGGGCCCCGGAGGCGGAGCCAGACCUGGAGACCACCCUGCAGUCCAGGAGGCCCGGGAUCGUGGAAUACCUGGGCAGGGGUGUGUUCAGCAGGAAGCAGAGCUCGGGCAGUCCCAGUGUGGCCGGGUUCAAACUGUUUGGUAAAGUUCCUCCCAGGGAGAGUCCCGCCAAAACUGCCAGGACCAUCCAGCAGGAGUACGAAGCGCGGCACAGCAUGAUGGCAGCCGGGAGCUCGCCUACCCAUCAUGCCUCGGGCCGGAGCAGGAAGAACCUGGAGUUUGAACCUCUGUCGACCACGGCGCUGAUCCUGGAGGACCGGCCGGCGAACCUUCCGGCCAAGUCGGAAGCCGAGGCUCAGAGGCACAGGCAGCAGUACGACGAGAUGGUGGCCGGAGCCAAGAGGAGAGAGCUGCGGGAGGCGCAGAGGAGGCAGAGCAGGAGGCAGGAGCGUUUCAGACAGGAGGAGAGCAUCGCCUCCGCCAUGCUGGUGUGGAACAACCACAUCCUGCCGCACUGGGACGCCAUGAGGUCGAGCCGGCGGGCCCGGGACCUCUGGUGGCAGGGUUUACCGCCCAACGUCCGCGGCCGCGUCUGGAGCCUCGCCGUCGGCAACGAGCUGAACAUCACCGCAGAGCUCUACCACAUCUUCCUGUCCCGAGCCAAGGAGAGGUGGAGGAACCGGGCCGAGGACCAGGCUGACGACGGAGAGAGCAGCCUGCAGCUCAUCACUCUGGACAUCUCCAGAACCUUCCCCUCGCUCUGCGUCUUCCAGAAGGGCGGUCCUUACCACGACCUGCUGCAAAGCAUCCUGGGAGCUUACGCCUGCUACAGACCUGACGUGGGAUAUGUGCAGGGUAUGUCCUUCAUCGCGGCCGUGUUGAUCCUGAACAUGGACGAGGUCGACGCCUUCGUCUGUUUCUCCAACCUGAUCAAUAAACCCUGUCAGAUGGCUUUCUUCAGGGUGGACCACCAGCUGAUGUUGCGGUAUUUUGGGGCGUUCGAGGUUUUCUUCGAGGAGAGUCUUCCUCGUCUCUUCCUCCACUUCCAGUCAUUCAGUUUGACCCCUGACCUCUACCUCAUCGACUGGAUCUUCUCUUUGUACACGAAGCCCCUCCCCCUGGACGUGGCGUGCAGGGUCUGGGACGUCUUCUGUCGGGACGGGGAGGAGUUCCUGUUCAGGACGGGGCUGGGCAUCCUGAGGCUGCACCAGGACGUCCUGCUGCACAUGGACUUCAUACACAUCGCUCAGUUCCUGUCCCGCCUCCCUGACGAAGAGCUGCUCUCUGAUAGGCUGUUCGCUUGCAUCGCGGCCACACCCAUGCUGAGUGGGAACAGGAAGUGGAGUCAGGUGCUGAGUUCAGUGACAAAGGAGGCAGAGAAGAGUUGAUCUGACAUCAGCCAAUCAGCUGCCAGCAGCCUUGACUCCCUGAUGAUGUCAUCAGUUUCUUCAACUGGAGGCGGAGCUUCACUGGAGGCUUUUAUUUUCUGUUUUUAGCCCUGAGGCCUGAGCGCUGAGCACACGUGGAACAAAAGGCAGUGACCUGAAAAUUUAGUGACAAGUUUCAGGAAAAUGAUCUGGAAAUUAGUUUAAAAAAGAACGAUCAAAGAAGAAAAAAAGAAAAAAAUAUUUUCUAAAAAAACUUGGGAAAAUGUCCAGAAAAAAUAUAUUUAUUACUGUUAAAAUUGUCCAUUUAAAAAUUAUAUUACAGGAAAAGACAUUUUUCUUUUUUAGCUAUUUUCCACAUCUUUUUUUAAAAUUUCAGGUUAUUUCCUGCUUUCAUUUUUUUUUACUUUUCAGGUUAAAAGGACUGUAGGAGAGGAAGCUCCACCCACUCAGGACCAAAUAAACAAACUCAUUUUUUGUGACUUUCUGGAUAAUUUUUUACUCAUUUCUUUGCUAGUUUUCAGAUCAUUUCUUGCUCAUGUGAUAUAUCGUCUUUUUUCACUUGAUUUCAAAAAUGUGGAAAAAAUGCACUGUUAAAAAAAGAACUGGAACAUUCAUAAGACAUCAGGAAAAAACAAGAUAAACAAAAAGAAAACUACCAGACAAUUCAAAUAACAGAAAAUGAACAAAAAAAUGAAUAAAGAAAAAUGUGUUUAUAAAUAUGAAAUUGCUGUUUUUCAGCCUUAGACCAGUGAUUCUGGAUAAACAUCAGAUUUCUUUCUUUAAUUUUUAAAGACAAAAAAAAUAUAUAUGUCAAAUCAAUAAAUAUGAUUUGGUUUGGUUUGUUUCUCAGCGUCUCGGGACCCAAACCAAACUCUGCCGUGAGCUUUUCUGUUUCUCUGUUGGUUUGACUCGGCGGCUCAUCGCUGCUGUUUUUCUAUGCUGUGAUUAUUGUACAGUUUUCAUAAUGAAGAACUGGAGUUUGUACAUACCUGUGGAUGGAGUGAUGCGUGAAUAAACGACACAGGAGAAUUUGACAGAUUUCA